AUUUUUUAUAGCCUUCAAAGCGCAAUUAAGGCGCAGCGAGAGACAACCUUGAAAAAUCUCUUAAUUUUCUGCAGUGUUAAUACAGCAUUGUGCCAGGAUGGACGCGUUCACUGUUGGUCUCGCGCUCGUUUUCUUGCUGCUAGUGUACAAAUUCGGCACUCGCAACCACGGACACUGGCACCGCAAGGGGGUGGAGAGCGUGGGUGCGGUGCCGUUCUUCGGUUCUCUUUGGCCCGUGCUGUCGCUGCGUGAGCACAUGUCCGAUUUUUUCAGCCGACACUACAAUGAACAUAAGGGCAAAAAAAUUCUAGGCUACUAUCAGGGAAACACGCCAGGGCUGCUGGUUCUGGACCCUGAGCUCAUCAAGUCGAUCUUCAUUACCGACUUCCCACACUUCGUCGAUCAUGGCUUUGAGGUCGAUCCAGACAUCGACCCGAUGCAGUCACGCAAUUUGUUUAACAUGGGCGGGCACAGGUGGAAGAAAAUGCGCCACACAUUGUCACCAACCUUUACCUCAGGAAGGAUCAAGGCAAUGUUCCCACUCGUGCAUGAAUGCUGUGAUACAUUUGAAAAUUAUUUGAAACGCCACCAGCAUCAGGAUUUGAAUAUUAAGGAUUUGCUCGCGAGAUUCACCACCGACGUGAUAGCAUCUUGCGCUUUUGGUCUUACUGUUAAUUCAGUUGAAAAUCCAAAUGAUGCGUUCAGAGAAAUGGGGAGAAAACUGUUUGAAAACGACUUUGUCCGUGGGAUGAAGAACACUUGCAUUUUCUUUCUUCCAAGCGUGGCGAAAAUCUUUAAAUUUAGUUUCCUUACUCAUGAGAUGAACACAUUCUACCGCAGCCUAGUAAGGGAUGUUAUUGAAAAGAGAACAGAAUCAGGAAACACGCGAAAGGAUUUUAUGCAGCUGUUGAUUCAGUUGAAAGAAAAAGGAAAAUUAGGAUCAAUCGAUGGUGAAUCUGAGGAAAAUUACGAAUCUGCAGAAACUCUCAAAUUAACAGACGACGACAUUGUGGCCCAAGUGGUUGUGUUUUUCGUUGGGGGCUUUGAGACGUCUUCGUCGGCCUUAACCUUUGCGCUAAUGGAGCUAGCCCGGCAUCCAGAAGUGCAACAAAAAGCUCGACAUAAUAUUGCCGAAGUUUUGAAACGUCACGGUGGCGAAAUGAGUUACCAAGCACUGCAAGAGAUGACCUACCUCGAUAAAAUCUUUCAAGAGGCUCUUAGGAUGUAUCCCCCGGUUCCAUUUUUGAAUAGGGUUUGCACGAAAAACUAUACCAUUCCUCAAACAAAUGUGUUUUUGGAGAAAGGAACGGUUUUACUGAUUCCAACUCGAGCCCUUCAAAACGACCCUCAGUAUUUCGAGGACCCUGAUAUUUUCAACCCUGACCGAUUCAACGACGAAAACUCGGUCAAAAACAAAAACUUGCUUCUGGCCUUUGGUGACGGACCGCGCCAGUGCAUAGGCAUUCGAUUUGCAAAAAUGCAGUCCAAGCUGGGAUUGUUUGCCAUCCUACGCCACUUUGAGGUUCUGCAACCAUCCAAGACUGUGUAUCCACCAGUGAUUGAUCAAAAGCAAUUCUUUCUGUCCGCAAAAGAUGAAAUUUGCAUCCAAUUAAAAGAAAUAUUGUCAGUGCAAACAGAACUUCAAGCUAAGAUGGACGCAUUCUCGGUGGCACUGGUGGUAAUUUUUAUAUUGCUAGUAUACAAAUUCAGCACCCGCAACCACGGCUAUUGGCGCCGCCAUGGAGUGGAAAGCGUCGAUGCGGUGCCGUUUGUCGGUUGCCUCUGGCCCAUGCUGUCAUUACGGGAGCACAUGUCUGACCUUUUCAGCCGACUCUACUAUGAAAACAAGGGCAAAAGGUUCGUCGGUUACUAUCAGGGAAAUACUCCGGGGCUGCUAGUUCUGGACCCUGAACUCAUCAAGUCGAUCGUCAUUAGUGAUUUCUCCCAUUUCGUUGACCAUGGAUUCGAAGUUGACCCGCACAACGAUCCAAUGCAGUCUCGCAACUUGUUUAACAUGAGCGGCCAGCAGUGGAAGGAAAUGCGCAACUUGCUGUCCCCGACCUUCACCUCAGGAAGGAUCAAGGCUAUGUUCCCACUUGUAUACGAAUGUGCUGGCAACUUUGAAAAAUACUUGAGACGCCACCAAAACCAGGAUUUGGAUAUAAAGGAUUUACUUGCCAGAUUUACCACUGAUAUUAUUGGGUCUUGUGCUUUUGGCCUUUCGGUGAAUUCUCUUGAAAAUCCAAACGACAAGUUUAGAGAAAUGGGAAGAAAGGUGUUUGAAGUGGACUUCAUACAGGGAAUCAAAAUCAACUGCAUUUUCUUUGCUCCCAGCGUUGCCAGGUUUUUCAGGUUCAGCUUCUUCAGCCAAGAACUUAGUAAUUUCUUCCGCAAUCUCGUGAAAGAUAUAAUAGAGGAAAGGUUAAAAUCAGGAAACACAAGAAAGGACUUCAUGCAACUACUGAUACAGUUGAAAAUGGGCCAACUGAGCUCAAUCGACGGCGAAUCAGAGGAAAUGAACGGAUCUGCGUCUACCCUCAAGUUGACGGACGACGACAUUGUGGCACAGGCGGUUGUAUUUUUCAUCGGUGGUUUUGAGACGUCUGCUACGACCUUGAGUUUCGCAUUGAUGGAAAUUGCACGUAAUCCAGAAGUGCAACAGAAGGCUCGAGAUAAUAUUGAAGAGGUUUUAAAACGUCAUGGAGGCGAAGUAACGUACCAAGCCAUACAAGAGAUGAUCUACCUUGAUGAUAUAGUUCAAGAGGCUCUUCGAAUGUAUCCCCCGGUCGGAAAUUUAAACCGAGUCUGCACGAAAAACUAUAAUAUUCCCGGGACGAAAGUGUUUUUGGAGAAAGGCACACUUUUGGUGAUCCCAAACCGCGCCCUACAAACCGACCCUGAGUACUUCGAGGACCCACAAAAAUUUAACCCUGACCGAUUCACCGACGAAAAAUCGAUCAAAAACAAAAGCUUGCUACUGGCCUUUGGAGACGGACCGCGCCAUUGUAUUGGAAUGCGUUUCGCCAAGUUGCAAUCCAAACUUGGAUUAUUUGCAGUUCUGCGUCACUUUGAAGUUCUGGAAUCGCCCAAGACUGUCUAUCCCCCCGUGAUAGAUCCAAGGCAAUUUGUCCUGACUUCGAAAGAUAACAUUUACGUCAAGCUCAGAGAAAUCCAGAAAUAACAACUUUUACUUUGAGAGGAAUUAGUAAAAGUGAUCGAUUGAUUGACUAACGAAAAUUCAAUGAAAGAAGACUCGUAUAAUAAAUUGAUCAUGAGAAAAAUGUUCAGAACUUUUUUGUA